UACUCGCGCAUUCCAUGUCGGUGCGUUUCUCAGUAUGCUGUCGAUACUCCACGGUCAAUGGACAACACUUUAAGAAGGUCGAUCUCCGAUACCUCGUAUCAAACCAGCGAACUACGCUCAACUUGGAGCUCUACGGCGAAACAACCGACGAAGGAGAGACCAUCGCUCUCAACAACCGCCCUCCAGGAAACACUGUCGUCUUACAAGCCAACCGAAACAAAACCCAUGACCUGGCAGAAGUGGAAGAGCGUCAUAAUCUACAUCGCCAUAUCCGUCUGGGUCCUGGUCCUAGCCAGCGCAGUCGCACUCUUUCUGUGGCGCCGGUCGGCAUCUCGCGGGCCGGACGAAUACGCCGUCUGCCGAACGGACCCUUGCCGACUUUACGGCAUCCUCAUCAACAGGACCAUAAAGAGAGACCGGGACCCUUGCGACGACUUCUACAGCUACGUAUGUGGCGGCUGGGACGUGAAGCAGCAGUAUUCCGUGUACUGGAGCCACAUGGUCGAUUAUAGCGGGGAUCUGGCCGACAGUCUCCAAGGGGCAAUCCCUUCCGCGAAUCAGAGUGCUGUCGAAAGAGCUGCCAAGUUCUACCAGUCCUGUCGAAGGGCGAACGGUGGCGUUCCGGGAGAACUCGACUACUUCCGAAGACUGUGGAGGGACUGUGACCUGGACUGGCCGAGACUCACGCCCAAUGCGAGCUUGUUCAAGACGGUGAUACUUCUCUACGAAACUUUCGAACUACAGAGCAUUAUCAACUUCGAAGUGCUUCGCCUUCGACACGGUACUCGCUUGAAGAUAUUCCUGGGGGACCAGCUGUCCACCUUUUACGAUGUCGGUACCCGUAUCAAGGCUGCCCAAGGUUAUCGCCACUACUACGAGAGCAUUCAGCGGAUUCUAAGAACGGAAGACACCGAGGAAAACGAGCUGCUACCGUACAUUUGGUUCCUCGAUAUCGAGACCGCCAUUCAGCGCGCUUUGCAUACCGCCCUUGAUAAAACCAGCAAGAUCACAACGGUCGAUACAUCCCGGCUCAACAGUAUGACGCCGUAUAUAACAGAUGAGCGAUGGUCGGAAGCCUUCACCUUGUUGGGUCUUCCCACAGGCUUACAGAUUGACCUCGUGAAUGAAGGCUACGUAAGAGCGUUAAACGGGCUUUUCGCAACGAUUGAAGAAGCGGAACUUCAUCGAUACGUGGGAUGGCUGAACGUCCAGCAAAUGGCGCCGUUUAUCAACCGUGAACUCUUGCUCGUUGUCGGCGAGAACUCUGCACUGGUAGAGGCAAACGCGUUAACGUCUUGCUUAGAGCGCACAGAAACGUUCAUGGGCUGGGCUCUGUACGCAAAGAUUGCAGUCUACACAUUCUCCGAAGUUAUCAAGGAAGAUCUCCACAGAUUGAUCCGGGACGUCAGCCAGAUAGCGGUAGAGAAAAUGGACCUGCAGUGGCUACCCCUGAAGAAAGCUCUAAUCCGAUCUGCUUUUAAGAACUGGCGCUUGGACCUCAUGAGGUACCCGGACAAAUUUCCGACGCCGUACGUCCUUGACCCGAUCUUGAUAAACAUGACCAACAUGGGCGACCAUCUGCUGAUGAAUUGGGCGAAUGCUGUCAGGGGAUUGGCAGACACGGAUAGCGUGACUCUGGCGAUCAACACACCGCGCUUCGUCCGCGACUCCGUAGACAGUGCCUAUUACCACCUCUACAGUCCUGCCGAGAAGAAGUUCAGGCUGCCACCAUACGCGACGGUCCUACCCCUCUACAAGCACGGCAUCGUCGGGUCUAUCAAGUACGGAGGGUUAGGCCUGCUCCUGGCGCAGACCGCACUCUCUAUUCUGCGGGGCUAUGAGUCAAAGGUAGAAAACGGCACGAAGACUUGCUUCGACGGAGGGACUAUGGCUGGAGAGCUGGCUUUGGCUUUGGAUAUUGCUUGGGAAGCGUUUUCUCGUCGGUCAUCCGAAGACGUGAGGCUCCAUUUCCUGCCGUCGUUCACGAGCGAGCAGUUAUUCUUCAUAGCGACGUGUUACCUUCUGUGUGGUCAAUGGGACAGGAGAUCGUUUGUGCGAAGGUGCAACGAGCCUCUCAAGCAAAGCUCCGUGUUUGCGAAGGCAUUUUCUUGUAGAGUGGAGAGCCCCAUGAACAGUGGAGACAAGUGUAACAACAACUCCGCAGGUUAAUACGGAAGUCAUAUUUAGGUGGCUAAUAUGUGUAUUAAUGGCAAUUCUACCUUAUUUCUAAUGGGAAGGAUUGAUACGUUCAAUACAUCGUUUUUACAACCACGA